AUGGCGGCAACGUGUGCAUGGGGAGGCCGGGAGGGCAACAGUUCGUCAGAGCCGCAGGCGGGGGGUGAAAGGUCUGGGGAUUCAGUGGCGACAGCAGUAACAGCAAGAAUCCCAGUCUGUCAGCUCAUUCGGCCGUCGGUCACUGAGCUAAGCCGGGAGGUGAGGACCAACAUCCUUUGUACGGUUACAGGCUGCGGUAAAAUCCUUCCCAACCCACCGGCCCUGGGAAUGCACCUGGUCAAAUCUCACAGGGUGCAGGAUUGCAGCAUUAAUCCAACUGUUAGGAAGGACUUGAAAUCUUCUGUUCAGAAGUUGUACUGCUGUCCCAUUGAAGGUUGCCCAAGAGGACCAAACAGACCAUUUUCUCAGUUUGCCCUUGUUAAGCAGCACUUUAUGAAAAUUCAUGCUGAGAAGAAGCAUAAGUGUGACAAAUGUAGUAACUCAUACGGUACAGAAUGGGACCUGAAGCGACAUGCAGAGGACUGUGGGCGGAUUUUCAAGUGCACUUGUGGUUGUCCUUAUGCCAGCAGACCAGCACUGUUGUCUCAUAUUUACAGAACUGGACAUGAAAUCCCUGCAGAACAUCGGGAGCCACCGCGCAAGAAGAGGAAGAGUGAGUGGUUAAGUCAGAACCAUUUGAACAACAGUGAAAAAAAGCAAGAAACCGAAUUGGCCCAAGAGAUGAAGGAGAUGAACAAGGGAACCAACACUGAACACUUACGUGAAGAUAUCAGCAAUAACCAGGCUCCGGCACCUGUGAAACAAAUUCAGAAAUUGCUGUUACCAAAGCCCAAAGCUGCACUUGUCAAACUUCCUGUUAUGCACCUAACACCUUUACCAGUUCUUUUAUCUUCAGGCAUGUCCAUGGAUAAUUCUGUCAAGUCCAUUGUUGUUGCUGUUGACAAUCAAGGAUCUGUUGUGAACACAGUGCAGGUUUUGCCUACACCAGUGGGAACUCUGAUACCAACUUUGGAAACAAAAGCUUUGAAUCUUAAAGGUGACCUUCCCACCUCCAAAUUGCCCAACAUAAUGAUGGUUGAACCUGUCAAUACUGCAGUACAAGUCAACAUGGAUUCAGGUUUUGCCAGCAAUCAUGGAUUACAAUCGCUUGGAGACCUGGGUCAAAAAAACAAAUAUAUUUCUAUGAAUGUUCAAACAGACAUAUCUUACCUUGCACAGAGCACAGCACCAGAGUCUCUAACGAUGUAUUGUGCUACCGAGAGCACUGUAUCAGCUUGUGCACAAACUGAUCUGAGCUUUGGUGCCCAAGUGUUGCUACCUGUAAGUGUCCAAACGCAAACAUUUGAACCUGACACCAAAGUCACUACGUCAAUAAGUGCUCAGACAGAUUCUUUCAGUCAGCCCUGUUUUCCAUUGUGUAAUGUUUCCAGGAAAACACAGACUUUGGCAAAUUCUAGUCAAGAAAGAGACCCAACAUUUCAAGCACUUAUUAAUGGAAAUAAUCAUGAGGAGAUUUUUGAUCAUUCUUUAGUUCCCUCUUGCAGUGUAUGUAGGCAAACUCAAACUACUUUUGCCCUGGAAGCAAUGGGCAAGGACCAAAGACCCCCCCAUGCAUCUAACAAUAAUGCUCUUUUACAGAACACUAAUAAAUCUGUUGACUUUCACAUUCAGUCCACUUUACUUCAACACAAUUCAAUGACGGACAAUCAAACUCAGACGAUUAACCUUUUUAAUGAUUUGGAAAAUAUUCUAUCUGAAAGCAUAGCAGAUCAUUCAUUAGAACACCGGGGUCUUUUAUCUGAUGCCAGCAAUGCUUCUGGUGAGAAUAUGACAGGCAGCCAGUCACAGAAUGCGGGUAUUGACUUCGACAUUGAAGAAUUUUUAUCUGCAAGCAACAUACAAACCCAGACAGAGGAAAAUGAGUUUGGUACUUUACAGACAGAAUCUGCAUUGGAAUCUCUGGAUAUUGAAACUCAAACUGACUUUUUGUUUUCAGACCACCCUACCCAGGUAUACAAUGGUAGGGGACAGUCCAGCUAUUUAGGACUAGAAAUGUUUGACACACAGACUCAAACAGACUUCACUUUCUUAUUGGACAGUGGUCCACAUCUACCUCUUGAUAGCAUUUUGAAACAGUCUAAUUUCUCCAUAAAUGCAGAAUCUUCUGGGACUGAAACUCAAACGGAGAACUUGCAUGGUAGAAAUAAUUUCACUAGUACCACCGAAAGCCAUGUUCGGCUAAAUUGUGCUGAAACACAGACAACCAGCAGUUCCUUUGAAAACCUUGGCAGUCUCUUUUUCACUAGCAAUGAAACACAGACUGUAAUGGAUGACUUUCUCUUGGCUGAUAUGGCGUGGAACACUAUGGAGUGUCAUUUCAGUUCAGUCGAGACGCAGACAUGUGAUGAACUUGUUCCCUUAUUUGAGAGUGCUGAUAAAAGCACCAGUUGAGGUGUAAAGACGACAGGGAACGUGGACUUCAGCUUUGGGAUGUGGAAGUACCAAAGUUAAUGCUGUGUUACUGUGCACCUUGUUUUGAAGCAGCUUUUUGGGGAUAUUUUCAUUAGUAAACUCAAAAUACUCUGCAGAUGCUGGGGUCAAAGCAACAUGCACAACACGCUGGAGGAACUCAGCAGGUCGGGCAGCUUCCGUGGAAACGAACAGUCAACAUUUUGGGCUGAGACCAAGUUCCCCUCCAGCGUGCUGUGCAUGUUAAUUUUCAUUAGAACUGGAAAACAGAAAUAUCCCAGAUAUUUAAAUUGACGUAGGUAUUGGGAUCUUCUUUUCCCUUGGGGACUUUCCAUAGUUUCUCAUGAAUGACAAAAAGCCAAGUUCUAUACUAUUUGGGCUUCUGAUUAAACCAAACCUUGAUUCAGCAUUCAUUACUUCCAUCUUUCCUGCCCAUUUGCCUGUUUGCUUUCGUCUCUAUGUUUUCACAAGGCACACAAUUAGACUGAAUAUUCCAUGUGGCUAUUGAACGAUCAAAUAGGAAGUAUCCUAACUGAUUCUAUUCUAGUGUAUUUCAACUUGGUACAAUAUUAUGUAUGACGCCAUUUCUUUCUCUAUUGUCUAUGUACUGACUACUGGCUGACAUUGAGUUUCAUGAAUAUCUGGGAUUUUUGUCUUAAGGGUAUGGUGACCCUUCCAAGCGUGCAAGAACAGGCUUUUGAGAAAGAGGGUGCACAAUGUAACAUUUGCAGCCAAGGUUUUGGUUUGAGCAUUCUGUCCAGCCUAGCAACACUAUGUCCAUAAAUGUAAUAUUAAGCCAUUAAAAUUGACGUAAUGUUUCUAAUUCUUGCGGAUUCCAGGAAAAUCCUGGAUGACGGGAGCCCAAUUUGUCUCCAUUUUGAAUUGUUUUUUUUUGGAAGUUCUUAAUGUAGUGUCAGUACCCCAGCCACUGUCCCAUUUAGAAGUUUAAAUUUAUCACUGCAUUUUGACUUUGUCAGUAUGAUUCAGGCACUUGGUUUUAAAAUAAAUGUCAGGCAGCUGAAUAUUUGUAGUACAUUGGAAGAAAACCUUGAAGAGAAGUGAAAAGAGAAAAUGCUGUCUGCAAGUCUGGCAGCAUCUGUGGAAGCAGAAACAGUAAACAUUAUGAUGUAAAGCCAUAUUAGAGCUGUGACAGAUGAAAAAAUAGGUGAAGAGAGCUGGCUAGAACAAAGGGAGUAAGUUAAAAGCAGGUUAUGUUUAGAAGCUUAAUCUGUUCUGAACUGUCACGUGGUCUUACCCUCUCAGGGAUAUUCCCUUUGUUCUAUUCAUCUUUUCCCUGCCUUGAUAACAAAUUAAGUUCUAUUAAAGGUCUUAAGCUUGAAAAGUUAAAUCUGUUUCUGUUUGUAGAGGCUGUCUGCCAAACUGGUUGUUUCCUGUUUUUACUUAAGAUUUCCAGGGUUUACAGUUUUCUUAUUUUCAUUUGAACAGAAGUGCAUGUCCGCAGUUGCAGCAGAAUUAAUGCACUCAAUGCCAUUAGGCUGAUAUUCUGCUUAACUACAACAGAUCAUCACUUUAUAUAAAAGUGGAAUUGCAGCCCUUUCAGGACACUUGACAUUGGAACUUGAUCCUCCUAUUCCUUCUGAAGGUGUGCUGAUUCUGUGACUAGCUGCUUAAUUGCACACAGCAGCUUUGACUCUUUCAUUAACAGGAUGAUUUCAAGUCCUGUAGCUAAUGGAAUGUCAAAACUCUUGGGUUUCAUAGCCUAGAUGUUUAGAAGCCACUUCACCAUUUCACAUGACAAUGUGAAGUUAUUUUCUGCUCAUUUGUAAUAUUUGUUUCUAUCUUUAAUAGGAUAAAGUGCAUGUGAUUUUCUUGUCUGAUGCAAGAGAUGGACAUGAAACAGUAGGAAUAUUACUGAAAUAUGUGUGACCAGUCUUUCCUGACUUCUAAGAAAUCCUCAACUGAGAAUCCACAAUUGCAGCAGAAUUAAUCCACAUAGUACCAUCAAGUUAAUGUUAUUCUGAUAUAUUAAAAUUGACUAUAAUUAAUUUCUAGUUCAUGUCUUUCACUCUCAAUCUCAGUGUAAAGCACAACACUGAAAUAUGAUUAUAUUUGGUAUGUUUAAUUAUCCAUGAUUAAUUAGAGAAUUACUUCUAUCGAGUACAGGUCCAGGGCUACUUCCAGGUUAAUGCUACCCAAGUACGUGGGUGUUUGUGGGGAGUAUGGAGAUCGGGUAGUGUUGUAAGCUUGGGCCAUGUCAAUCUCUCAGCUUGCAAUGUAUUUGGAUCCUCCUUAAAUAUCAUGAGGUCCUUUAAGACCUCGAUCAAAUAAUAUAUAUACCACUGUGUGUGUACUGUGUCACUGAAUAUUUCUGAUCCCUUUUUGAAAUAUAAAGUUAAAUGAAUUCUGUGGGAAAUAUUUUUGGUACUUAGCUCUCUUGUUUUACCGGAAUCCCAGAAUAAAGUGUUUAAUCUUCCAGUUUGACUUGUGUGAUUCUGCACUCUUGACUGGAUGCUCUUUAUCCAUUUAUAAUCCUUUGGUUGUACCUGAAAGGAUUAGUUUUCAAUAAAUGUGGAGCUUGAGUAUAACCUGUGGAAACUCAUUCGUUCGUUCGUAUGUGCCAUGUCUUAUGGAAACUAACCUGUUUGAAUUGGUAGUUAAAACAUGAUGUUGCUCUGACCUGGUCCAAAUCAGAACUGGUGUAUAUUGACAAGAGUUGACAAACUUUUUGAAUGUUACGAAGUCAGGGAUCCAUUUGACAGUGUAGAGCUAUAGUUGUAUGUAUUUGGUUAUCAUGCAGCUGGACUUUGAAAGCUCUUAAACCAGGAGGCAUAGGAAACCUAUCGUAGGGCCAUUUUGAAGCUAUACUUAUGGCAGGAUUGGGGUGUAAAGAGAACUUAGUGCUGGGGGAGUAUGGCAGAGGCUAGGUAUGCUGUGAAAAGCCCUUUCACAAUGCUGUGAUAGAAUAGGGCAUUUAUCUUACCUGGUAGAAGAAUCAAAAGCAGUGGCUGGGUUAGUGUUUUGGAUUACCGUCGAAAUUUAUAAUUCAAAUGUCAGCUUAAUUUUGGAAGCUUCACUCAUAGUUCACCUGUGAUUGCUGGAUUUCUAUAUUCAUACUGUAUAUCCUGUUAUUUUUCCCUUUCUGAAUAUUGUGUUUUACUAGCUUCCUUAAGCUGUACCUGGGUGAUCUGCAUGCCAUUUGUUUCGCUUGCAGAGUAUUUAUAUUUAGACCAAAAACCCAUGCACUUGUGCUAUAUUGCGACGUAUAUUCAUGUUAGAUGUAACUUUGUCUGAUUGAGAUUGCUGAUUUAAAAUGUUUCCAUCACAAAGUCGUGGUCAGAUUUAUAAGUUAAAUACCCAGGUCAAAUUUUCAAGGCCACUGUUUUCAUCUGCUCUUUAAUGUAGGGUUGUGCUGCCGUCAUCGGACCUAUUAACACUGAUUUGAAAUGAAUAAUCUGUUCAUGCACUUCUAAUGUGUUAAUGCACUGUUUCUAUGACCCUAAUGACUCAUUGCCUUAAUUUAGUCACUAUUAGUGUCAGUGUUAAACCUAUAACCACCAGUAUUAUUUUUGUAUAAUGUACUUUAAUAUGUUAAUAUUUUGACCGUUGCAUAUGAUCUAUUGCAACAUUUCACUUUAUUAGGACCUUUGCAUUAUUUAAUUUGAUGAGCAACUCAUGGACUACAAUGUGGCUUUAUAGCCUUGGCUAAUGUCUUCAAUAAUGUUCACCCAUUAUUGAAAUAUAAUUCAUAUGUUAAGUUUAAUGAAUGGAGGAGAUGAGAGAUUGUGGCUUGUUUGUUUUGGUUUCAUAUUUUUGCAUAUUCUUGCAAAAGACACUUUUCAUGCUGGAUGAGUGAAUAGUAACAUUGUCUUGAAUGUGUAACGAUUUAAUAACACAGUUGAUUCUACUUUGUGCAUUCUGCACAUAUUAAGUGCCCUGCUAUUUCUGUAGUUAGAAUGUAUCAGGAUGCUUGCUUGAAGGCUCCUUUUCUUUUGUAAAUGGACAUCUCCAAAGUGAGCUAUCCUAUUGACGUUGACUGUCACUGUGAUAUUUAUUUCAGGUUGACGAGUAGCAUGCUGCUUGAAAUUUACCUUUUAACUUAUUAAUGGCAACAAACCGUUAAAGAUUAUGUCAACUUGUAACAGCUUCUGUAUCAGCCUUAUUCAUUGAGUCUUUCAACUUGAGACGGAACAUGGAGACAUUUUACUGUUCUCCAGAUGCCUUUGGGGAAUAGUGAUAAUUGUGGUACAUUGUAAAGUCAGGCCAGUCAUUUGUUUGAUAUUCAGUUAGUCUGAAAUGAAGUUGCAUUAUAAUUCUAGCAUUCUUUGGAUGCUGAUGCAGCCCAGUCUGGCAAUGUUAAAUAAAAAUAGGAUUGGGUUUGGGGAACCUUCAGAUGCUAAGGCUUGUACAUAGUUGAGGUUGUGAAAGCCUACUGGCAUCUGUGGAAAAUGAACUGGGAUCCUCUGGAAGGGAAGGAGUAAAAUUGGCACAAAAAAAGAGUCACCAAGUUAUUAUUAAAGGUUAUUUUUAUGUCUUUAACACGCCAUGGGCGGGGGUGUGAUGGGAGAGAAUUCAUGGUUCAUAAAUUCUGUCUGAGUUACCCGUCAAAGAAUACUACACAAUAGUUUAUGAGUCUGAGAUAUUUUAUUGAUAAACAACUGCUGCAUGCAGCAUUAACUUAAACAUUUUGGUUACAUGAGUUUCUUUGAAAACACCUAAAGAAUUGUUAUCUUGUGUAUAACCAAUGAAAUUUGUAUAAAUGCAUGUAAAAUAGUGAAGACGUGUGUUUCCCUUUUGGUCAAUAUGGGUAAGAAUUUCUUUUAAGUUAAUGCUAGAGUAUGUUAACAUGUCACAAGAUUUAUUGUACUUCAGUUAGCCAAAAUUUUGCACAUAAAUUAUUUGCUGGUGUAUAAUGUUAGUGGAUAUUUUGUGUCAAACAUUUGCUGGUUAGAACUCUGCAAAGUUGCACCAAAUAAAGAUCAGUUUAUUCAAUAUGAACGGUGUCUUAAUUUACUUUGUUAUCUGCCAGUUAGUAUUUUUUGCCAGAUUGUUGUGUGAUGUCCAAUUAUACUGAUUUGCUUUUUAU